AUGGGCCGCUGCCGCCCGGCCGCCGGAGGGCUGAGGCCUCGCUGCUCGCACGGGGCUCAGGUGAGCGAAGGCGGCUCCGCCCGGCCCGGCUCCUUCCGUGACUGUGCGGGGAGGCCUGGGCGGAGAGGCGGCUCCAAGGGGACCCCCUAUCCCGGCCGCACCGCCGCCAUUUCGGGGCGCGUCGGGGGGCGAAGGCGCCGGCGGGAGCUGCGGGCGCUGUGGGGAGGUUCGCUCGCGGGCGUUUGUGUGCAGACGGACUGCAGCUUUUCCCCUCGUUUCUCAAACUUCUCGUUCAGCGCCGGCUGCUCCGGCCUGAAGGGAUCUUUAAGCCGUGUGAGCUCUCUUUGGCAUCUGUCGGACGUGAGGGCUGAAGUGCCGCUAGCCGGUUUUCUCGCGGUUGCGUUCGUGGCUUCUGUUAACAAACUUCCAGGCUAUUGCGUUGAGUUCCGAUUGCCGCUGAUAAUCGUGAAGCCCCGCCGAGAUCUCUUUGAGGUGGAAGGGCAUCACCCUGCUGGGUUUGCCACACGAUUAAUUAAAAACGCACACUCGCGCACGCCUCAGGCUUUGCACACACGUCAGUGCCGAAGGCAUAAAAAUGCCACCUGGGAGCGUGCAGUGAGCUGCUGUUGCAUCAUUUGUCUGAAGGGAAAACGGUUGUUCCCAGGUCACACACACAAGAUCUUCCCCUAAGUUUUUCCUCUUUCUGUUUUUCCACCGUAAAUCUGAUGUACCGUAAUUAGCUCCCAUAAAUCUUCCUCCUGCUGGAAGCCAUGUUCCCCCAUCAGCGCUGCAUGUCCUCCUCUAUUUGUAAUCAUUAAAACGCUCGUUUGCUUUA